UUGGCUGUCAAGUGUCAUUUUGUGAGCAAAUAAUUUAGUAGAAUUUUUGGUAGAUUUUAUCCUCCAUCUAGUAGAAUUUAGUAGAUUUUAUACCUAAAUCUAGUAGAAAACGACGUUCGGUCGUUGGCAACUCUGCCUGUAUGUGAGUCCGUGUUAGUUUGUGUGAUGUUUGUGAUAACGGCGUAUGGAAGGUUCAAGCAAAAACUAUUCAUUUAAAUAUAAUAAUAUUAACAUUUUUAUGUUUCCAUUACGAUGCCAAAGUUCAAGCCAUAGGAGCGUUUAAGAUACUAUACAUAUAACAUAUAAUUUUUAAGUAACACCAUUUGUUUUGUUCAGUUAUUCAAAGAAGUUUGCCUUUUAAAUGGUGGAAACUGCAUUUGGUCGGGAAAGUUUGAAAAUUCUUCCCCAAGGAAAUGUCCGACAGCACAAUUGAUCUCCGGGUAAGUUUCAUGGGAGUAUGCUAGCAACCUUCCGUGUGUCGGAAUUGCAGAUGUUAUUAGGUUUUGCCGGAAGAAAUAAAUCGGGAAGAAAAACAGAAUUGCAACAAAGGGCUUUAGAUCUUCUAAAAGUCAGAUCUCAUCCUAUUCACCAGAAAAUAAGAGACUUGUAUAAAACAAUCCAACAAAACGGUGUGUUAACGGGUAUUCAAACACCAAGCACAUCGCCUCCAAACCAAGAUAUUUCAGCUGGGGCCCCUGUAAAUAGUAUGCCACAGCAACCAGGUAACAUGCCCAGGACGGCUGUUCAUCCUUACGGUGUCGACGGUAGACAGAUGGCUGCUGCUCGCCAACCACCCAUGUACCAACAAAAUAUUUAUUCCCCCUACCCUCAGUAUUCUCAAACAAAACAGCAACAACAAAAUGUAUUAACAGGAAAUUUCCCUAUUCACCCUGACGUAACAUUACGAAGGUUACCAUUUUAUGACGUUCUAGCUGACUUGGUGAAACCUUCUUCCUUAGUUCCUCAUAGUAAUCAAAGGAUGCAAGAAGGCAACUUUUACUUUAGUUUAACCCCCCAGCAAGCGACCGAUAUAGCAAGCAGUAGGGAUACCAGGCCUGGAACAUGUGAUUAUAUAAAACAAGUACAAAUGAGAUUUUGUUUGUUGGAAACGAGUUGUGAGCAAGAAGAUUGUUUUCCUCCAAACGUGUUAGUGAAAGUAAAUAAUAAGCUUUGUCCGUUACCAAACCCUAUUCCCACAAAUAAACCAGGUGUAGAGCCGAAACGACCCCCGCGUCCCGUAAAUAUUACAGGUAUGGUAAAAUUGAGUCCUACAGUUGGUAACCACAUAUCUGUAUCGUGGGCCACGGAUUUUACAAGAGGAUACGUGAUAAGUGUUAGUUUAGUACAUAAGUUGAGCUCUAUGGACUUAUUACAAAGACUGAAAAGCAAGGGAGCAAAAAAUGUGGAAUAUACUAGAUCUAUAAUUAAAGAGAAGCUGAGCGACGACGGUGACGAAAUAGCAACGACCUCUUUGAGAGUAUCAUUAAUGUGUCCUCUUGGUAAAAUGAGAAUGACCACACCGUGUCGGCCUAUGACCUGCAUGCAUUUGCAGUGCUUUGAUGCGUCCUUGUUUUUGCAAAUGAACGAAAGAAAACCAACAUGGAAUUGUCCUGUGUGUGACAAACCAGCGCUGUAUGACAAUUUGUGUAUAGACGGGUAUUUUACGGAGGUUCUGAACUCUACGCUUCUUUCUUCAAGUUGUAACGAAAUUCAGCUGAACAAAGAUGGUUCGUGGUGUGUCCAAACUAGUGAAAAACCGAAUGCCAAGGUGGACAAACCCACAGUUAUCGGCCUUGAAGACUCAGUAGAAAUAAUAGAUGAUCUUGAAAUAGUCAGCUCAAAUAACGGUGCCGCUCCUACUUCCACAACUGACAAAACAGAGGAUGCCGCAAAACCAGAAGAAUCCAAGAAAAGGGAUGUAGUAGACUUGACCUUUUCAAGUUCCGAUGACGAAGAACCCGCCGCUAAAAUUAGAGCGGUAGCUCCCAAACCAGAUUCAACUAGCAUCUCAUCCAGUAGUAACCAAUCUAGGGUAACAACAACUCCUGGUCCGUCUUCUGUUUCGAGUUCAGGCUACCCCGCGAGUCCUUCCAUCAUCAACUUGGAUAGUCCUUCGCCACCGCGUUCACCCCAACCGACACCUCAACCGGCAACUCAGCAAACUACGUCUUCCUGCAUGAUGACAGGACAAACCAACGGAAACACCACACCUAACCAGGUCACUGCACCGUUUAUGAGUCCAAAUUCCAUGCCAUUCCUAGAUCUCGAAAGUGAGACACCUGUCGCAAACAACAUGACAUACCCCCAGACUUACUAAUGCUUAAGUCAAUUUAAGUGAAAGUGACAUUCUUUAUUUAUUUUUAUUACAAAGGUAUAGACUACGUAAUUAAGGGUAUGUGUUUAGUUUUAAAUGUAAUUUUGUAAUAUUUUCCAAGAUCUUUGCACACUGUAGAUUUUUUUCUCUAUAUUUUUUUAUUGGCAUCUCAACAUUUAGUUCGUGUACAUCAGUAUAUCUGUGAAAAAAUCAUGAUUUCACGUAAAAUUCUUAUACAUAAUAUACAGGGUGAUUGAUUAGUAGGGUAAAGCUCAAUAGCGCCGCUAUAGUAAUAGA